CUCAAUUUUUUAAGAAUCAGGUGGAGCAGGUCAAGAUAAAGCUGGUUGACACGACAGACAACAGCAAGGAAAAUAAAAUCAAAUUUGAGAAGGACCUCCUGCGUACAAGGGAAGAUUACAUGAAACUGAGAACGCAGAGAGAAGACGCUCUGACCAAAAACAGAAGAGCUGCAGAAGUACUUCUCAGCAAUAACAGAAAAAUUGGAAUACAAGCCGACAUCAUUCGUGAACAGGAAUGCAAGAUCGUAGAACUAACUAAGGAAGUUCUGCGACUCCAUGCGAAUGAGCAGAAAUUCAAAAUGGUUAAAGAAACGUAUUCCAAGGUGCAAAGGCUGGGGCUAAAUGAAGAGAAUGGAGAUAUUAUACUUCUCCCAGACACGGACAAGAAAACGGAAAAACUCACAAUGCUUCGCACUGAGAACCGCAGAUUGUCCACAAAACUGAAAGAGAAAGUGACAGAAAUUGAAAAUCUAAAGCUUGAGGAGGCGAAUCUCCAGAAUGUGAUGAAGUGUCUCAAGUCUAAGUUAGACCAUGUGCCGGAAGAUGUAAUGCUUCAAGUUCAGGAGAGUCAGACCACCAUCAAAGCUCUGAGAAGACAGAAAAAAGCACUAGAGGCAGAGGAAUUGUCUACAUCAGACAACACAUGGGAGAACCUACCCUACAGCCAGAGCCCAACCGAUCCAGAUCAUCGAAUGAUGAAGUCACUUCUUCUCUGCUCUACAGUCAGGUCAAGGACAAGACGGUGCCAAAGAACUAGAUGGAUACUUGGCCUGUUUAGUUUCAGGACUUACUGAAAUUAUUCCUAGUGGUAUAAAUGAAUGUUCUUUUGGAAAUUCUCUUCACUUUUACUUCAUACUUUGACUUUAAGGACAUUUUUUGAGAAAUUUAGUUUUGACAUUAAAUGUCAGAUACUU